UUAUGUUGUUCUUACUUGCUCAAAGUGAAUAGGGCAUUUCCUUAUGUGUCAAGCACUGAAGUUGAUGACAUUGUUGAUGUUCAAACCCCAAUUCUUUUCCAGUUGGUUCAUUCAAAAAAUUUUAACGUAGGAGUUCAAGCACUGAUGCUUCUCGAUAAAAUCACAUCCAAGAAUCAGAUAGCUAGUGAUCGAUUUUACCGUGCAUUGUACUCUAAACUUCUGCUUCCAGCUGCCAUGAAUACGUCCAAGGCAGAAAUGUUCGUUGCACUUCUUCUAAGAGCAAUGAAAAGAGAUGUAAAUUUAAAGCGUGUGGCUGCCUUUUCUAAACGUCUAUUGCAGGUUGCACUUCAGAUGCCACCGCAAUAUGCCUGUGCAUGCCUUUUUCUUCUGUCCGAACUCCUUAAAGCCAGACCACCUCUAUGGAACAUGGUGUUGCAGAGUGAAUCUAUUGAUGACGAACUAGAACACUUUGAAGAUGUUAUAGAAGAAACUGAUAAUGAACCUAGCACCGUAUCCAAAAAACAAGCUGAUAAUAUUACCCUUGCUCAGAAUGGAGAUGAUGAAAAUAAUGAUAGUGAUUCUUCGGAAGGCAAAGACGAUCUUCCAGCAUCUUCUGAGGAUGACGAUGAUUCAGAUGGUGCUUCAGAGGAGGAUGCAGAUUUUUUGCUUGCGAAGGAUGAACCGAGUAUCAAAAAACCGAAGUCUGCAUCCAAAAAUAAAUCAAAAUCUGCAUCUGAUGAUGAAGGACAGCAAUCUAAGGUAUCUGCCAAGAAGUCUUUACUGCCUGGAGGCUAUGACCCACGACACCGAGAACCUUCUUAUUGCAAUGCAGACCGGGUAAGUUGGUGGGAGUUAAUGGUACUUGCUUCGCACGCACACCCUUCAGUUUCCACCAUGGCCAGAACUCUUCUUUCUGGGGCAAACGUCGUCUACAAUGGAAACCCAUUAAGUGACCUAAAUCUCACAGCUUUCCUUGACAAAUUCAUGGAGAAGAAACCGAAACAGAGCUCAUGGCAUGGUGGUUCCCAGAUUGAACCUACUAAACAGAUGGACAUUAACAACCACUUGAUUGGCAAAGAAAUUCUUUCACUCGCCGAAGAAGAUGUUCCCCCAGAAGAUCUCGUCUUCCACAAAUUCUAUACAAACAAAAUGAGUUCUAAACCGAAGAAGAAGAAAAAGAAGUCAGACGAUGACGAGGAGGUUGAAGGCGGGGAUGAGAGCGAUAAUGAAGAGAUCGAGAAUCUCUUGGAUACUGCUGAAGCGGAGAGAUAUGAUUACGAUGAUUUAGUCAGUGUCGCUGAAGAGGAAGACGAUGACUUGAUUGGUGAUGCCGAUAUAGAUGAAGAUAUACCGUCGGAUAUGUCAGGAGGAGAGGCUGAGGAUGCCAUUGAUGUUGAUUACGAUGACAACGACGACAAAAGAAAACUCAAACAAAAACGAAAACGCAAGAGUGAAAAGGCAUCUCCAUUUGCAAGUUACGAAGAGUAUGAGCAUCUAAUGGAACAGGAAAAACCUGCCCGAAAGAUACACAAGUCCAAAAAGAGUAAAAAAAUACUAAAAUAGACUCAUUGGAUUGUU